AUGGGUGAUUAAGAUUAAAAGUAGGAUAAAUAGAAGAUAAAAACAACAAGAUUAAUUAUAUUAAUCUUAUCAGCCCUUUUAUUGUUUGGAAACAAUUAUUCUUUUGACAAUCCACAAGCAUUAUAAUCUUAAAUAAUGGAAGAAGUGCACAUAUCAUUAACAGAGUUCAAUUACCUUUACUCUUUUUUCAGCUUUCCAAAUAUCUUACUUACAUUAAUUGGAGGAUAUUUUAUAGAUAGAAUUGGUAUUAAAUAUAAUUAUAUGUAGGUAGUCGAAAGAGCAUAUUAAUAUUUGCAUCAUUAGUUACCGUUUCUUAAACUAUAAUAGCAUUUGGAGGAAAAUAUUAAAGUUUUCACUUGAUGUUAUUUGGAAGAGUAUUUUUAGGCAUAGCAAGUGAAAAUUUGAUUAUUUCAUAAAAUGUAAUCAUCACAGCUUGGUUUAAAGGUCAUUAAUUAUCAACAGUAUAUAUAUAUAUAAAUAUAAUAGGCAAGUGGUUGUAUAGUUACAUUGCCAGAAAUAGCAGCAGCAUUAAAUUCUUACUUUUCACCUAUGAUUUAUGAUUAUACAGGAAGCAUUACAUAUCCUUUAUUCACAAGUGUAUUUGUUUGUAUUUUUUCACUAUUAUGUGCAAUUUUACUAUUAUUCUUUGAUAAAACAAGAGAAUAGAUUUUAUAAUAAGAAAAAUUAGAGAAAUCUAAUAUUUCUAGUAAUGA